GACACAAAAGGGCUAUUGAGCUUAUAUGAAGCUUCACAUUUGGGAGCCAAAGGAGAAACAAUACUACAGGAAGCCAAAGAAUUCAGCAAAACACAUCUUCAAAGCAUGAAGAUUACAGCCGAUGAUAAUAAUAUUGGUACAGAUGAAGCCCUUGAACUCCCGAGGCACCUUAGAAUGGAAGGCUUAGAAGCAAGACUGUACAUUCAACAAUAUGCCAAACAACAGUCUCACGAACCAGCCCUUCUCGAGCUAGCUGUCAUGGACUAUAACCGAGUUCAAGUUCAACAUCAAUCAGAACUCUCUAAAAUUACAAGGUGGGGGAAACCAAACACUCUUCAAAUUCACUAUAGUGCCCAAGGGGUAAUAGCGGCUGACGGGCGGCGUGCGACCGGACGGCUGACGGACGAGCGACUGACGGGCGGCAGAUGGCUAGGGCUUAGGACGGACGGCGAACGGGUAGGGAUUGGGACGGACGGAAGGCCAAGUGCGACUAGGGCUUCGGUCAAUCUUGGGCGAGACGGGAGUUGGGAAGACGGCGGACGGCAAGGGCCGAGUGCACCUUACGGGCCGCGUGAGGCUAAUAUUUGCAGAGAAGAAUACGAG